AAAAUCCUUGAGUACUUACAGAUCAUGAAUUGGGAGAUGAAUAGUGUGUUAAACUCAGUAAAAUUUCAUUCAUUAGAGAAAUGGAAAUAUGAAGAAGUGAAACAUCUUUGUAAAGAGCUGAACUUAUAUGAGUUAAGACCAGUAGAAGCAUUACAUGGAAUACCGGCUAAAUCUGUGUCGUUGCGCCACUCAUCUGGAGUACAUCUGGUGUACAGUGGUGAUACCAUGCCUAACGAACAACUUAUUAAGAGAGGCUUUGACUGCGAUAUCUUGAUCCAUGAGGCGACAUUCCAACAAAAAGACAUUGCACAGAAAUCUUACCACAGCACAGUAGAAGAUGCCAUAGAUGUGAGUGAACGCAUGAAAGCUAAACACACUAUCUUGACAAACUUUGUAAAUGAGGACCUCAGUCAGCAGACAAGGGAGCUGCUCCUGUCCAAAUCCAAUGUCACUGUUGCUGUAGAUUUUAUGAGAGUAAGAAUGAGUGACCUGCCUUAUACACCUCUACUUAAUCCAUUCUUAAUACAUAGAUGAUAUCCAGAUAACAUAUUACAGGAUUCUGGCAAUGAUUCUUAAUCAGGAAAUGAUGAUGUAACAUUCCUGGAUGGGUCAUCAACAGACAAGGAUGACU